UGACAGAUCAGUAAGACCUCUUUAACUCUUUUGUCUUCAUUUCAAAGCCUUGUUCAUUCCCUUGCUAAGCAUGGAGUAUGACGGACUGGGAAGAAAAAGAAGCAUGUUGUCACUUGAGUAAAACUGCCUGAGAAACGUUACCAAGUUUGGGUUGGGUGUUUCCUUUGGGAGAGAACAGGCCUAAACAGUGUCUUUCACAUCCUUUCGCUACCAGGAAGGCACCAUGAUUGAGAUUAGAGAUGCUCCUUUAGCUAAUUUUUAAACAAGUCUAAACCUUCCAAAUAAUGGGAACGGAAACAUGGCUACAAAGGACCUGUAUCACGUAGUCUUUGUUCCUUGCAUGUAUCAGGAGCUACCCAAAGGAAUUGUAAAGUCAGUGGGAGUUAGGGGGGAAGAGCCAAAGAAGACCAGUGCAGAAAUAUGAAUCUAGCAUAUUGCACUCAUUUCGUAGAUAAGUUUCUUAUAUCAAAUGAGAAAACUAUUAUUUACACCCAAAGAACACUAUUUAGCCCAGAAUUACUCAAGAAUCCAAUGAAGUUUAAAUGUGUAGCAUAAUAUCUGACUCAUUUAAUAAAUGAUACCUAUUUUAAUACUACAUUUUGCCAGGAUAAAACAAAUUAAAAUACAGCAAGCAUAGAAAGUAGAAUAGUAAAAUCAAAUUAUAUGGGUAAAUACCAGACUACAUUAGGCAAGGGUGGGUGUCAUGAGGAUUAGUGUGAUAGUGACCUUGUUGCUAAGUACAAAAGCAAAACAAUGACAUAAAAACAAGUGCUAACUACUGAGUGGAGGAGAGAUGGAGGCAGACGCUUCGGGAAAAAAAAAAAAACUGAUUAAAAGGGCCCUUUGAUUCCACAGGCACAAAAUCCACAGCCAGGAAUUUGCUGCCACCUCUGAGUCAGGCAGGGGGUGGGGAUGGGGGUGCACAAUCCCAUUAGAGAAUGCCCAGUAGAUUUAGUCUGUGGGAGUCACAUUUCUUAUUUGGACUAGUGAAGACAGAAGCAAACCAGCUCACUUGUUUCCUGGGACAGUUGAUUUAGGGGAUGGCUUUCGCAGAGCAAUCACCUCUGACCCUUCACCGCCGGGACCUCUGUAGCCGCUCUAUCUGGCUAGCAAGGAAGAUUCGUUCAGACCUGACUGCUCUUAUGGAAUCUUAUGUAAAACAUCAGGGCCUGAAUAAAAAUAUCAACCUUGACUCAGUGGAUGGUGUACCAGUGGCAAGCACUGAUCGUUGGAGUGAGAUGACUGAGGCAGAGCGACUCCAAGAGAACCUCCAGGCUUACCGUACCUUCCAAGGGAUGUUAACCAAGCUCUUAGAAGACCAGAGAGUACAUUUCACCCCAACUGAAGGUGACUUCCAUCAGGCGAUACAUACUCUUAUGCUCCAAGUUUCUGCCUUUGCCUACCAGCUAGAGGAGUUAAUGGUGCUUCUGGAACAGAAGAUCCCUGAAAAUGAGGCUGAUGGGAUGCCUGCCACAGUUGGAGAUGGUGGUCUCUUUGAGAAGAAGCUAUGGGGAUUGAAGGUCCUUCAAGAGCUCUCACAGUGGACUGUGAGGUCUAUCCAUGACCUUCGUGUCAUUUCUUCUCAUCAGAUGGGAAUCUCAGCACUUGAGAGCCAUUAUGGGGCCAAAGAUAAGCAGAUGUAGCCAUUCGCUCAUACCUCUGUCUCUCUUUUUGAUCUAAUGAAAUAUUGAUAGUUCCCUGGAGCCUAGUUUUCUCAGCAUCAAUUUUGGAACACUUUAGACCACAUGCAUUUCAUCAAGUAGGGUUGGCCCACAUAUGAACAGAUAGAUAUACAUGAUUAUUCUGGCUAUGCAAAUGUGUGCACCCAUUUUGUUUGCAUUGAUGGUAUAAUAAAUGAUGCCACUAUCCUUCCACCAUAGUACUGCUUUAACCUUCCUGAUACUAAGUAACCUUUUCAGGUGUUUAACAGUCUUACAGGCAGAAGAGAAAUUGUAACUAGUUUUGGCUGACUUAGUCUUUUGAAAAGACUGAAUAAACAAAUUGGAAGUCCUAGACUAUCUUCAUUCAAACUACCCUAAUAAAAAGAGUAUUGUUGUACAGAGGCAGUGAGUGUUCCAUGGGCUUUGUAUAUUCUGUAAAACUUUACAUCUUUGUCCUGGAGGGGAAGAUGUGUCUUCCAAUCUAUCCCCAGCAUUGAAAAACAACCCUUGUUACAGAUCCUCAGGAGUCAGCAGCAUCCCACCAUGUUAAAGGACUAUUUGUUGCCCACAUCUUCAGAUUACAUUUGAGAAGGAAAAAAAAAUGGGGCCUGCAGUACUUCCAUACUUGGGGCUGAGGAUAUGCAGUAGCAGCAUGGCUUAAUGUGGACUAAUGUAUUUGGAUAUUGGGUUAAUCUCCGUUUAUAGCAAGUUGACAGAUCUGUCAUAUAGGUACUAUGACCAGAUGUUCAUGGACAGAGGUGGAUAAAAUGCUACUCAGGUUAAAGAGUCACAGGUCUCUAGCUUAAUUUUACAUUCUCCAGGCUUAGUCAUGAAGGGAGGAUGAGGCCUAGUUGGCCCCCAGUGAGAAUGCCAGAGAUUCUUAAACACAGUAAAGCUCUACUUUUAAUGUUCUUGUAAGAGCCACUGGUGUUGAAGGCUAGGAAACACAUUCCUGGGGAGGGUCAUUUGCAGUGAGGCCUGUACACUGUGAAUCCAGAAUUUGUCAGUAUCAUUUGUUUUUACUUAUCUUUAAAACCCAAGAGACCUUGAGUUGGGGACCUAAGUCUAACCACAUUCUGCCUCAUAAAUGGGGAGAGCUAACUUCUAUAAGUUUCAUGAUACAGGGAUAUGUGACCCGUCUUGUAUCCUCUUAUAUAGGGGUUCCAUACAGGGUAGUAUGGAACUCCAAGUACAUGACAGGACUCAGCCAAGCACUGUGGUAGCUCAGGGGAAGCGAGACCCUGCUUUCCACUCUGUGUGUGGAAAUACAUUUGUGUCUAUAAGAAAUAAAGAGACCAAAACCCAUAGUGGAUUAUAAAGAAUUGAAAGAUCACUUACAGCCACAAGUAUGCUUCCCAGGUUGGUGGAGUAUAAUAUAGAAUAUCCUUGAAGAUAGAAACACCAAGAGUUGACUCCUGAAAACAAGUUAGACAACAGUGAACAUCUGAAAACAGCACAAUAAAAGACCUUUUUAUUUUAUUCCAUUCAUGAUUUUGGUAUAGAUAGUUAAUUUUCUAUUAAGUUUAGGCUUAUUUUUCUAAUUUUUUAAAUUUUUUUAUUGGUUAUUUAUAUUUCAAAUGGUAACCUCUUUCCCAGUUUCCCCUAUCAUCCCCUCCUCCCUGCUUCUAUGAGAGUGCUCCCCUACCCACCGCCCACUGCCACCUCACCAUCCUAGAUACUGGGUCAUCAAGCCUCAGAACCAAGAGCCUCACCUCCUAUUGAUGCCAGAUAAGUCCAUCCUCUGCUAUAUAUAGAUUGAUCCAAGAAACAUUCUUAAGAAUCUCAAGCAUAUGGGUAUUUAUUUUGAACACCAAACAUUUCAUUUUUUCUUUUUAUCCAUGACUAUCAAAAAUUCUUUAAAAGCUUUUGUAGUGAGAUUGUUUUUACUGCUUUUCACUUUUGAAUGUGCACUAGCAUUAAGAGGGUUCAUUUUUGACCAUGAAGCUCAAAGUUUAUCUCUUUAAAGAAUUCAUAUUCUUAAGUUGUUUUGUCAGCAUUUUUUAAAUUAGUAUAUGUUAACAAAGUCAUAUUUAAA